CCAAAGACCCCCUCCUCCCCCAAUCUUCAGAAAAUGGCAACAGCGGCUUCACUGUCGUCCCUCCACCACCUCUCAUCCUCAUUCCUCUCCAAAGCCUCUCUCACCGUCAGACCGCUCCGCACGAUAACCUGUUCACUUUCCUCUUCCUCAUCCUCCUUGCAAUUCAACAUCUCCUUCGCACCCCCGAAGCCCAAGCCCAAGCCCACGCCCACGCCCAAGCCCCCGGAGCCCGAACCGUUUCCCGACCCCGACGCCCUCCCCGGCGGCCAGCUCUUCAUUCCCUGGAUCGUCCGAGGCGAGGAUGGAAAUCUCAAGCUCCAGACGCACCCUCCCGCGCGUCUUCUCCACGCCAUGGCCAAUGCCGAGACCGAAACGAAGAAGAACAACAACAAAAACAAGAACAAGAAGGCUAAGAGCCCUGACAACGCUUCCAUGGAGCCCAAGUAUUCCAAGGCCGCUCGAAGGUUCUUCAAUCAGAAUUUCAAAGAGCCCGCCCAGCGCCUCGGCAAGGUUCUCGCCGCUGCGGGAGUGGCGUCGAGGCGGAAUAGCGAAGUGCUUAUAUUUGAAGGCAAGGUUACUGUGAAUGGUUCUGUGUGCAAUGCUCCUCAGACACGAGUUGAUCCUGCAAGGGAUAUUAUUUAUGUCAACGGGAACCGCCUUCCUAAGAGGCAGCCUCCAAAGGUGUAUCUUGCCCUGAACAAACCUAAAGGAUACAUUUGCUCAUCUGGGGACAAAGAGUCUAAAUCCGUGUUGAGCCUAUUUGAUGAUUUUUGGACUAAUUGGGGUAAAAGAAAUCCAGGACUGCCCAAACCACGAUUAUUCACUGUAGGCCGCCUUGAUGUUGCCACUACUGGAUUGAUCAUUGUGACUAAUGAUGGAGAUUUUGCUCAAAGACUUUCACAUCCUUCAUCUAACUUAACAAAGGAAUAUAUUGUGGCAAUAGAUGGUGUUGUUAAUAAGCGGCACUUGAUUGCCAUUGGCGAGGGAACAGUGGUUGAUGGCAUCCAUUGCACUCCAGAUUCUGUGGAGUUGCUACCACGACAACCAGAUAUACCAAGACCUCGUCUUCGUAUAGUGGUUCAUGAUGGGAGGAAACAUGAAGUUCGAGAGCUUGUGAAAAGUGCUGGACUUGAGAUUCAUUCUUUAAAGCGUGUAAGAAUUGGUGGUUUCAGACUUCCAACAGAUAUUGGGUUAGGGAAGCACAUUGAACUAAAACAAAGCGAUCUAAAGUUACUGGGUUCAAAGAGUUAAGAAAUCUGCUGCUCGAUUGCUGGAGUUUUCAUUUUCCUUAUUAUGGGUGGUAGCCCUUUGGGGGAGUGAUAGAAUUUUGAUACAUGAGUUGGACUGCAGCUUGUGUGUGCCAUUAUUGGUAUCAAUGCAAGUGAUCUUUAUUGUAAUUCAGAGCUCAACUAUCACUGAGAAAGCGAGAAGUGGAGAGACCAUUCAUGUAGAUGUACAUAGUGCAGAUGAUAAAGGAGAACCUGUAGAGCAAAUGGUUAUGGUUCUAAAAGUAUUGUUGGCUUCUGAUUAGAGAUCAGGGGUUUUAAUAAUUUGAAUCAUUAAGAAGAAAGGACCAUGUUAUCACGUCCAUAUUCUGCUUUUUUAAUCAAGAUUUAUUCGAGAUUACUCUA